AUGGGAGCUGAGACGCGCUUGGCCGUUCGCGGGAUGUUUGUAUGCGAGUUUUCGGAGGUGGUUAUGGGACUUAUUCUGAGUUGUAUCGUGGGGUUUUUUGUAACUUGUUAUUCGUUUUUGAGGUGUUUUGAGGGGUUCUAUUGUUGAUUAAUUGGAAUUGCAAUUUUGGGUUUAUAUUCGGUUUUUAUUUUGGAACUUGGUGAGAUAUGAGGGCAUUUUUGGGAGUAGGCUUGGGUUCGCUGGCCCUUUUUGCGAGGACGGUGGUUGGGCAGAGUAUUCCGUCGUGUGCUGUGAGUGGUGUUUGGCCUGUUUGUUUGGAUUAUAGUUAUGGUGAUAUGGUUCAAAUUGUUGUUCUGUAGGUGAGCUGUUAUCAGAUUGCCGUCGUGGCUACAGGUUGCGGUACAGAUGUAAGUCCUUCUCAAAUAUUACAUACACAAGGGAACGCUACUCUUCUCAGGAACGAUAGACCUCACUCGAUCUUGAAUCCUUCUAUCUUCCACUACCACUCCAAGCUCGCAAUAGAAAAAAGAUUUGCUGAUAAUCCAACGACAGGACAUCCUCUGCCAAUGCGGUCCAGCAAGUCAAACAGCCUACGUCCAAAACAUCCUCACAACCUGUCUAACAAGCGCCUGCACCACCAACGAAAUCCUCACCUACAACCUCUGGGCCCAAAACGAAUGCAUCAUCGCCAGCGUCUCCCCAACCAGCACCAGCACCACCAGCAAACGCUCAACCGCCACACCCAGACCCCGAACGACGACGGUAGCAGGCGGGAGUGUAGUCACCGUCACUUCUACCGCUUCCACAACCUCACCACCAAAGAAAAAAAGUAAUCUCGGAAUCAUCAUCGGUUCGGUCGUAGGAGGCCUGGUCGUCAUCGGACUACUAUGCAUGGCCAUCAUCUUCUGUCUAUGGAGAAGAAGUAAAGGGAAAGCGAGGAAGAGAGCGGAGCACAUGGCGAACUCUCAUAUUCUGCCUCCGCAGCCGACUGCAGCGGGCCAUCUCCCUUAUCAGGUUCCCAUUGUGGAAAGUAAGGUCCUGUCACCGGCCACGACGAUGGUUUCGCCUGUGUCGCCGAUGGAGAAACCUGGUGGGUUGAGUGGGAGGAUGACUCCCGGGACGGUGGAGAUGCAGGGGGAGGGGAGGAAGGAGUUUGUUGAGAUGGGGGGUGGGGAGGCGAGGAAACCUGUGGGUGGGGUGGGACAGGAACCUGCUGAGAUGUGGACGGGGGGUGCUAGGUAG